AACUUCCAUCUCGCUGUACCUGCACCCACAUGGACAACGCAUCUACAUCUUACCAAUCAAGUCUGAAUGUCAACGUCCCAAGCAGUCGACGCAGUCAAGCAGGCAGGGCAUGUGAGCGAUGCCGAAAUCGAAAGCAGCGGUGCUCGGGAGAGAGUCCUGCAUGUGCCAAGUGCAGCCAGGCCAGAAAGACUUGCCACUAUCCUGAAGCAGUAGAUCGGCGAGAAUUGUAAGUCGAGGUGAGUAUGGGAGACUAUAGAGACGCUAAUUGCCUCAAUGCGUUCUUAAGAGUACGUGCUUGGAAGAGAGAAAACGCCCAAUUGCGCCAGCGAAUAGCAGAACUGGAGCAGGCUCUCGGCUCCAAUCGCUCUUCCAGUCGAAAUAGAUCACCAGAAUCAGGCACAUCCGCCCAUCCUUCCACAUCAGAACCCUUUGUUGGAACCCCGCUCAGCAGCGACAGCAGGGACGCGAAUGAAGCGAGCGACGAGGAACCGUUUGGGACUGGAGCAUUGAUUCUCUCGCCCGAUGGAAAUCUUCAUCUGGGAGCAGAGGCGACGUUCUUUCGGCCACGACACUUUCUCAUUCCUCACUCGUCCUCUGCAAGUGCGACACUGCUUCAUCAUGAUGCCUAUGACCCUCGAGGACAAAAAGACAAGAGCAAUGUCCCGGACGACUUGUUGUUCGAGGGGUUCUUAUUUGCUGGGAUGGGUGGCACACAGAGCUCCAGAGAUACCGGCAGAGCGUCACCUGCCAGUGAAGCUACCUUUGCACCACACGAAGUACCUUAUCUCCCAGCAUCUCUUGAAAAAUCGACACACCAGCACCUCCUUCAUCUCUUUUUCGCCUAUACGCCUACGUUUGGGAUGAACAGCUUCCAGGAACAAUUCACGCUUUCAAUGCGCACAGAUCCGAUGCGAAAGCAACUCUACUUCUCGCCUCUGCUUCACCUUGUGUGUCUGGGGAUCGGCUCACGCUAUCAGGUGGGUCGAUUUCACUCUGUAAAUACUCAAUUCAGCGGUGAAGAAUACGCUACGCGAGGUCAUUGCUUCAUCGAAAGGGCACGAGCAAUGGCUGACUCAGAGGCCGAUGCACCGACUCUGGGAACGAUAAUCGCACUCGUCUUCCUAUCAAUUUAUUGCUUUGGCAUGAUGAGCGAUCAAGCAGCUUCCAAUUACUACGCCAUCGCAAUCUUUCUCGUGCAAGAAUUUCGACUUCAUCGCAGGUGUGAUGAACAACUGCGAGCAUUGGGCUUGGAGCCAGACAGCGAGCUCGAUGUGGCUCGGCGAGACGUCUAUGGGUUCGUGCGUAAUUUUAGUAGUUGGUGGACGAAUUACUUUGCUCGCCUUUCUCUCAACCUCUCUGCGGAAGAAAAUCAGCGGCCGCCCUUCCUUCGAACGUCGAGUGAUCCAGCAAUUCGCAUAGUCUCGAUUGCCUUCCGAAAGCAUUGCCAACUCUCAAAUAUUGGACACAAGAUCGUCUUCUGCAAUCAUUUCAUGCGAGCGAGCUUCAAUCAGCGGCUGACUUUGGCCAAACGUUUGGGCGAUGAUCUUUUGGCUUGGCGACGAUCUCUGCCCGAAAUCCUUACUUGGCCGCAACCAUCCUCUGCUCCGAUCAUGCUGCCUGGUGUCGCUGUUCUCUUGGCGAUAUACAAUGCAUAUCUGAUCGAGCUCCAUCGACCAUACCUCACCUUUACUGAGAACCCAAAUUUGUGGCCCAAAACGAUGGAUCAUUGCGUGCAGGCCGCCGAGGAGAUGAUCGACAUCAUUCGCUUCAUCCGUGACUUUCACGGGGUCCAUUCUGCUCCACUCACGACGCAGCAAUGCAUCUAUGUUUCGGGGACGAUGCUGAUACUGCUCAUUUCUGGGCUUGGAAGUCGGUCUCCGGAUACUAUUGCUCAAGCUCGUCGUAAUCUCCUCUAUAUUCUGCGGUGGCUCGACGAAUUUGCCGAAAUAUGGCCAGCCGCUGGACAAUCGGCGGCGUCUUUGCGAAUUCUAGAAAGAGAGCACUGCUUUGACAGCUGAUAGGCGAACAUACGUGGUUCAGGAAAACAACAAUGUAAAGAGCAAAACGUCACUAUGUGCCAAUCGAGCGGAGAGCUCAUCUCACCGUAUGAGUGCGGACAUCCUCGUCCUCGACUGUGAACAGAAAGACGUCUACAAUUGAGUGAGGUGGUUUGAGAUUCGCAGAAUCUACAGUCUGAAAGAUGGGGUAACAAAGAAGCGGGGUCACGCUAUCUAUCAUCAACAGCUCUCGGUGCUUCGCUUGGCGACGCCAGAC